AUGGUUAAAUUUUUUAAUAUAUCCGAUGAUUAUUUGACUUUCGAUAAAUUAUACCAUUUGAAUGUAACACCACAUGAAAUUCUCAUGUGGUCAUCAUCAAUUGAUCUUGCUGAACAAUAUGCGUAUUAUCUUGAUCAACCAACUCAAUCGAAUCUAUCAAAUCAAAAAUUCUAUAAUUGUACACAACCAUGGUUUGGAUCACAAUGUCAAUAUUCAUUCGAAUUUAAUGAAGAUAAAUUAGUGCAAAAUUCCUUUGAAACAGCUUUAACUGAUAAUAUAUUUCAUCGAACGUGUUAUAUUCUAUUAGAAUGUGAUCGUGGUGGAUCAUCGAUGUGUCUUGAUUGGCGUGAGAUAUGCGAUGGUCGAAUUGACUGUCUUAAUGGUGGUGUUGAUGAAAUUCAAUGUUUUAAUUUAGAAAUUAAUGAAUGCAAUGAAAAUGAAUAUCGAUGCCAUAAUGGAUUGUGUAUUCCAAAAAAAUUUUUGGAAAUGGAUUCUUAUGAAGCACAAUGUCUCGAUAGAUCAGAUUAUUUAGCUGAACCUAUGUGUGCAAGAUUUUAUUUCAAUUUCUAUCUGUUUGAAUGUCAAGAAUUUAUUUGUCGACCUGAUGAAGGUAAAUUUUCGUGUGGUGAUGGACAAUGUGUAGAAGAUUAUGGUCAAUGUAAAAAUAAUCGACAUUUUGCUUUGGCUCAAUCGGUUAGUGUUCAAGGAAAUUUAUCAUACGAAUGUUGGAUAAGCAUGGUUUGUCUUACGAAAAUAAUGGACAAAAUUGAGAAUAUAUCAUGUGAACAGUUCAUUCAAUCUUCUAAGAUCAUCGAACAAUUAAAAAGUUGCAAAUUUCCUCUUCAAUUUCCGGUUAUCCCUGUACUCUAUGGUCAUGUAAGAUUUUUAUAUCAUCCAAAAGAGAUUGACAAUAUUAAUGUUACAUUAUCUCUCAAACCUGAUUAUAUUUGUUAUGAUGAACAGUUAUGCGAUUUUCUUACACGUACAUUUCGUCAUGGUACUUUGACUUGUCGCUCUGCUAAUCAAAUGGGCCUUAUAAUGAAUGCUGAAUUGAUGACUUGGAAAUCAAUUAUCGAUUCAAUUAAACCAUACUUUGAUGGUUGUAUUACACAACAUUAUCAGAUCAUCGAUUCUUAUCAUUCAUUAUUAUAUCAUUGUAAGGAUUCGUCGAAAUAUAUUUCUAAAUAUCGAAUCCUUGAUGGUAUAUCAGAUUGCUUCUUGAAAGAUGAUGAACAAGCAUUAUCUGAAUUAAGUUGUUUAUUAAAUCAAAACUCUCAAUUUCAAUGUCCAAACGAGAAACAGUGUCGAUCGCGCUUUUUCCCAACAAUUUUUUGUUCUCUUACAAUACAGAUAAAUCACGAUGAUAUUCCAUUUUAUAAAAUAUGUGAUCGAAUCAAGGAUUCGCCCGUGGUGUUGAUUGGUGGACGAAAUCAUUCCGAUGAAACUGAUUGUGAAGAUUGGCAAUGCAAUAAUAUCUACACACGUUGUGAUGGUUUUCGAAACUGUCUUAAUGGACAGGAUGAAGAACAUUGUAUGCAAUCAAUUACAUUAAAGCAUUUCUUUUACUGUACUUCGCCACAGAAUUAUACACAGAUGUGUUUACCAGCCGGUCAAGUCAUUAAUCAAAUCGUCGCUUGUUUUGGAGCAUCAUCUGAUGAAUUUCAGCACUUUCAAACGAACAGAUUGCAUUGUUCGAAUGACACGAAAUGUAACGCAGAUGAAAAUCUUUGCAAUAGAAACCAAGUUUGUUUAAGGUAUGGUAAUUAUCAGUUUUGUGUUGACCGUCUACGAUUAUGUAAUGGCUAUAAUUUUGACAAUCUUAUCGAUAUGCGGGACAUUUCAUGUCGAAUCAUUAAUACAGCUUAUAAAUAUUUUUCAUUAGAAACUGCAUUAAAUUAUCCAUCGUCGUAUACUAUUCUGGAUAAAUCCAUUGAAAAUCAGAUUCAUAAUGAAAUGAUAACUUCAUCGUCGGCUAAGAGUAUUACACAGUUUGAGAUCUGUAAUUCUGGUUUAUAUGUGUACCAUCGACUUGGAAUCAACAAUUACAGUAGUAUAUGUUUUUGUCCACCGAAUUAUUAUGGUGAUCAAUGUCAAUAUCAAAACCAACGUGUCAGUUUAACCUUAGCAUUGGAAGCUGUUGAACAGCGAAUUAUUUAUGCUAUUAUUGUUAUGUUGAUAGAAAAUGAUAACGAUCAACAAGAAAUUCAUUCAUAUCAUCAAUUCACUUUUGUACCGCUAGAACAUUGUGGUAAAUUUAUGGAUCUCUAUCUGCUAUAUGCAAAGCGUGGAAAGGAUAAUUCAAAAAACUACAGCAUUCGUAUCGAUGUAUUCAAUAAAGAUUCAUUGACAUAUCUAAUAAGUUGGCAUUUAACGAUUCCGUUCGUCUUUUUACCAGUCAAUCGGAUAAGUGCUUUUUUAACUAUUCCAAUUUCUGGAAUAUUCGAUCCGAAAAAUUGUACUCUUCAAUGCUAUAACGGUACUUGUAUGAAAUAUCAUAAUGAAGAACGAUUCUUCUGUCAAUGUAAUUCAGGUUGGUCCGAUGCACAAUGUCACAUUCCAAUCGAUUGUAGUAUGUGUGCAUCAAAUUCGAUUUGUAUCGGUUCGAUUCGAAAUCGAUCAAUCUGUGUUUGUCCUAACGGAAAAUUCGGUUCCUUUUGUCGCCUUCAACUAGUAUGUCCGACAGGAUUCUGUAAAAAUAAUGGUCGUUGUACGGUAAUCGAUCAGAGAAUGAUUGAUGAAAGUUAUACGUGCUCUUGUGCUGAACAAUUUUUCGGGCCAAGAUGCGAAAAUGUUAAACAUAGAAUAGAUAUUUCUCUUCAAAAUAUCGAAACUCCAUUGUAUUUAUCCGCCUAUAUUUACACUGAAAUUAGUUUCGAACGGUCACCACCAACACUUGUUAUACUCCGAAAAAUGACAAUGUUUCAAAGCAAUAUCACCCUGUAUUCUCAAACUCAGUUUCAAAUGGUUAUUGUCAAGAUUGAUAAUCGUUAUUAUUUGGCUGUACUACGAAAACUUGUAUCAUCCAACGUAGGAACCUCCAUCAGUCCCGCCCAACGAUGUGUUCCAAUUCAUGAACUUUUGCCUACUAAAUUACUCUCAUUACCACGAAUUCAACGAUUGAAAAGCUAUCAUAUUCCAUGCCAACAUGAUUUUAAUCUACAAUGUUUUGUCGAUGAAUUCUACAUGUGUUUGUGUACUGAAGAACAUCAUAGUAACUGUUUUCCAUUAGAACAUCAACAUACUUUUGACUGUGAAGAUAAUGGUUAUUGUGAGAAUGGUGGAACAUGCUUACGAGAUCGACCUAUGUGCUUUCUUAAUAUUCUAUGUAUAUGUUCUGAUUGUUUCUUUGGUGAUCGAUGUCAGUUUUAUGCCAAAGGAAUUGGACUGACAUUAGAUGAUUUAUUACGUUAUGAAAUUCGAUCUAAUAAUACAUUAAAUGAUCAAUCAUUGGUUAUUAAGCUGAGUGCAACGCUUAUAAUGAUUAUUUUUCUAAUUGGUACUGUAAAUGGUUUUCUUAGUUAUCUUGUCUUUCAUGAUCGAGAUUCUUGUAAAGUAGGUUGUGGAAUAUAUCUUCGAUUUUCAUCAAUCAUUUCUAUUCUGGUUAUCAAUCGAUCAGUCGUAAUAUUCGUCUAA